AUCGUAGUUCAAAAUUUGGAACACUGCCGGUAUGAAUAUUGUCGUACAAGCUUGAAACCCUGGAGGAAAUUUGUUCCCAAUUCGGCAUGAUUUAUUUUGCCUGCAUGGCAUUGCUCAGAACCUCAGCUUUUAAUAUACCACACGGGAGAGUAAAACAACUUGAGGAAUAUAAAAAAAAAUGACCAGUAGAAUCAUAUACCGGUCACCAAUUGAUCAUUUCCGAAAGACGAAGAAUGUAUGCAAUAUAUAUUUAUCAUACAUUAAAGGAAGCUAGUUUCAUUUUCUGAUCUUGUUUUCAAAAUUGAUUUCAUAGGAAAAAUGUCCGACCCUUUAUUAUGGAACUGUGAAAGAGUGAAACAAUUUUUAAGUGAAAACGGAUUGCAAGAAUACCAGAAACUACUAUGUGAUGAGAACAGAAUCGACGGCCGUGUUCUCCUAACAUUGACAGAGAAGGAUUUAUAUCAGCUUAAAAUAUCAGCUUUAGGCGAUAUCAAAAGACUAUUGUUUGCAAUCCAAGACCUUCAGAGUGGACAGAAUUCACGGUUACAAUUUCCAAAUUACCAUAAUGACUGUCAUUCGUCCUCUUCCUCAGAAAGUUCCUACAUGAUAGAUAUUCUAGAUUCCUCUGACGAUGAAAAACAUAACUAUAGGUCAAAACGGAAAAUAAAUCAAGAAGUAUGGAAGACGGGUGUCAGCAUUGUCUAUACAUUCAUUGUACAUUUUGUGACUAGUUUUGCUAUCAUAGUUGCACAAGAGCGCAUGCCUGACAAAAAGCAAUAUCGCCCAUUACCUGACGUUAUGCUAGAUAGUAUAACUUAUGUACCAUGGGCAUAUAAAGUGACGGAGGGAGUUAUUUUAGCUGGAUUUAUUACAUAUUUUAUAAUAUUAGUAUUUCACAAAUAUAGGUUUAUUUUACUCAGAAGAAUGUUUGUCAUUGCCGCCUCAAUCUUUUUAUUUCGCAGUAUAUGUGUGAUCGUUACCUCAUUACCGAUGCCUCAAGAAAAUUUCAACUGUGAAAAACUGGUAUUUAAAAACGGCUGGGAACGAUUUUCAAGAGCUCUAGAGAUUUAUUCCGGAAUGGGAAUGAAAGUCUCUGGAUUAAAAACAUGUGGAGAUUACAUGUUUAGUGGACAUACAGUCACAAUAACAACUCUUAUUCUUCUCAUUAAUGAAUAUACACCAAAAAGAUGGAUAUUUCUACACAUACUGGUGUGGAUUGUGGGGUUGUCUGGUAUUAUCUUCAUUUUAGCAGGACACGGACAUUAUACCUUAGAUGUGAUAGUAGCCUUUUAUAUUACAUCACGUUUAUUCCAAUAUCACCACAUCCUAGCCAACAACAAAACUUUAAUGACAAGAGACCAGAGUAGACUUAAGAAAUGGUUCCCAGUCUUUUAUUUUUUCGAAUCAAAUUGUGAUGGAAUAGUUCCGAAUGAAUACGAAUGGCCAUCAAGUAUUUUGGAAUCAGCAAUGCAACGGUGUGCAAAACUCAGGAACUAUUUAUCUUCAUUGCUGUCAUAAGAUAAACAGCUGAUCUAGUAUUUUCUAACGACGAGAUGAAAUCGUUAUAUUUUGAUCGCUUUGAAUUCUCAAUUGCAGUUUGAAAAUACAUUGACUCAAGCACAAAACCAAUGCAUCUAUAUCGUUUCGGUAUUGACUCAAGCACAAAACCAAUGCAUCUAUAUCGUUUUGGUAUUGACUCAAGCACAAAACCAAUGCAUCUAUGUCGUUUUGGUAUUGACUCAAGCACAAAACCAAUGCAUCUAUAUCGUUUUGGUAUUGACUCAAGCACAAAAUCAAUGCAUCUAUAUCGUUUUGGUAUGGACUCAAGCACAAAACCAAUGUAUCUAUAUUGUUUCGGUAUUGACUCAAGCACAAAACCAAUGUAUCUAUAUUGUUUCGGUAUGGACUCAAGCACAAAACCAAUGUAUCUAUAUUGUUUCGGUAUUGACUCAAGCACAAAACCAAUGCAUCUAUAUCGUUUCGGUAUGUCUAUCGAUUCUAGUAGUUAAUUUAAUGUUGUCCUAGUUCAUGUAGUAUAAUUUGCGGAACACUUAUUUUUGAUUUUAAAUUAAGUGGUGACGGCAAAAGUCGAUUGUUUUAAAGCAUGUGAAUAGUGUUUUGUGUGUUUUCGUAUGUUGCUUAGUAAUACUGACAAAUCUGAUAACAUUGAUGAAGUCAGAAACAGGAACUGAUAUAGUAAAACGAAAUAUUAUAACACAUUGAGCCAACGGGAGUAAUUUUGAUUUUAAUUGAGAUUACAUUUUUACACUGAACAAUAUUUGUACUCAAACGUUAAUAUGAGAAUCGGAUUCAUAUCGUAUUGUCAUAUUGAACUAUCAUCAAUAACUUUAUUUUUAAAGUUUUUAUUUAUUAUUUAUUUAUGAUUUUAUCAUUGUUAUACAAUUUUAUGGCAUUAUUACAUGAAUAAAUUUUAUUUUUUUGUUA